AUGCAAAAUAAAAGGUUCCUUUUCUUACCGAUGAUCUCAUUGUCAGUUGGUCAGAACUCAGAACCAAUCAAUCUUGUUCCUCCAUUGCUGGAGGUGGACACCCUCCAGUUUCAGCUCAGCUCUGCUUAUGGUCCCCGCCGGCGAGUCGGCCAGCGCCGGAGACGACCCGAGGUGUCCCUUGACGCGGCCUCGUUCAUUUUCGCUGGAGGCCCGGCCUAUGCGAACGGCCCAGCCCACGAGUCGCCCAGACGAACGCCCGGCGCACAAACCCAAGCCCACCACGCUACUCCCACUCCAGCCUCUGCCCACGCGCGCACAAACCGCGCCGCCGGACGCCAUCUCCCCCACCUCCACGCUGCGGCCGCCGGACGGAGGAGCCAGCAGCUAGCGGCUCGGAUGGCGGGAGAGGACGCGGCGGCAUGCGCGCCCCAGGUCGGCGGGCACGCGCCGCGGGACGCCGCCUCGUUCGACGAGGAGACGCGGGCCCUCAUCGCGCCCGACGCCGGGAGCCUCCCGGCGACCCCGCCCUCCGCCGUCGAGGCCAACUUCGCGCGCUACUUCGCCGCCGAUUAUCUCAACCCAGGACAUGACCAGUACGUGUACCGCCAUCCAAACGGGUUGUGCGUGGUUGGUUUAGCUCCAGCUCAUGUUGCACUGAAAGAGGAAGGGGGAAUAACUGCUAUUGACUUCAAUGUUGGGAAGACAGAUCGCAGUGAGAUAAAAGUCACAGGGAAACGCAAAAGGAAUGCACAACAUUUGCAAGAAAAUUCAGCAUUAUGUAAAGUCUGCACAAAGGAUAAAACUUUUGUGGUGAGGUGUUGCGUGAAAGGGCAGCUUUUGGAGAUUAAUGAUAGAUUGAUGAAACAGCCUGAUCUGCUUAAUACCUCUGCCGACAGAGAAGGAUACAUAGCAAUCUUCAUGCAGAAACCAGCUGACUGGCUCAAAGUGAAGGAUAAAUUUCUUAGCUUUGAGGAGUACAAGAACUUGAGAGGAAUCUGCUGACACCAAAAGAAGGAAUUCAUGCUGGCCAAUUGUGUAUUCAUCGUUCAAUUCAGAGCCGGAGCUCAGGUCUCUUGGCCUGAUCCUCGCACACAGAUGCCAUUCUUUUUUUAGAGUCGGAGAGCCAGCUCCAGAUAACUGCAUCUUUACCAACAUGAUAUUGAAGCUGAGCCUGUUGGCUUUUCUGACAAUUUAGUGGAUGCAUUAUUCUGAUAGUUUCAAACUUAAUAGUCUACCGAGCUGCAGAACAAGCUUUGGAAUUGAAAUCAUUUGAAGUUCAUAGAGAGCUUAUGUGCUUGACUCUGUGACUGUAUAGCUUGAUGGUCUCCCCACAGACAAUGCUUGCGAAAUGAAUGUUAGUUUGAUACAAACAUUGUAUGAGGUUCGCUUAAUUUCUUCUGUCGGGAGUUCGGAGGCAGAACAGUUCAUUCAUUUGUAAUUCUACCUGGUUUCCGACUUCCUUUCUUC